AUGGCUGACAUUUUCGUAAAUAUUGUUUUGAUCAUAUUAGCUUCUGAUUGUUUUGACUUUCUGAAUGGAAAAAAGUUUGACACUGUUAACCAGCAGCGACCAUGGAAGAACCUUAACCCUGGAUUUCAACCACAACACCAGCAUGAUUUCGUUGAUUUUGUUUAUCAAAAAUUUGAAAGCAUGGAGCGUCAGAUGGCCGAAAAGGAUGAACGCAUUGACCAGCUUGAACUGAAAAUCGCGUCACACGAAACGGCAAUUUUACAAAAGGAUGUUAUUAUAGAGCGGCUAAUAAGAAGAGUUUCAGUCUUGGAGACAAUAGAAUCAUCCAAACCGUUUAUAGAAAAAAACAAAAACGCGGACGAUCCAGAAUCACAUUUAGACUUUUCGACACCAAAUGCUAAUAUUUUAAAUGAUAAUCGAUCACCGCGAAACAAUACUGCCAUCCUGCAGAAAAUCUUUGGACCUGCUACUUCCGAAAACAAACCACAAGACACACAAUUCCAAUCGCCGCCAUGUUCUGCGUGUAAUGAAGAAAAAGAAGUAAGUUCGAAACGUAAUUCUAUUGCACCGUCUUCCAGACAAACGGUUGGACAUCAGGAGCAACCUACCAAACGAAAUGAUAUCCUGAAGAGAACUGAUGAUGAUGAUGAAGAAGUUAGCACUAUUUCCAGCUCAAGACAAAACCGCGUUCCAACAAUGCGGGCAGUUGCGUUCCACACGGCCCUUUCCACUUUCAAAACCGCUUUCAAAACUGACGCCGCCGUGAUCUUCGAUCACGAGGCACUGGACAAUGGGAACGGAUAUAGUCCGACUGAGGGUAUCUACAUUGUUCCACAGUCCGGGACCUAUGUUUUAACAUGGACUAUAUUGGCUGAUGCUCGUCAGGAAUUCGAUACUUUUCUCAUAGUGAACGGCGAUGUUAGAGGAUCCUCUUUUUCAGAUACCUCAGAAAAUGGCGACUAUUACCAAUCUACCGCUGUGGUGGUUAUCUUUUUGAACGAAGGAGAUCAUGUUUUUAUCCGGAUGGGAUAUACAACUGUAGCAGUUGGGACUAUAGUAAGUACCGACAAUCAUUAUGGAGUUUCUACUUUCUCAGGAUGGAAACUGGACUAA